AUCUUCAUACCUGCUGACUUUGUGUCUGAGGGCCACUCGCUCAGCUCGCAGCCAUGCCGGACGUAAAGCCUCCACCGCCAUGUGACUACCCCUGCACCUCCUCCGUCGCAGCCUCCGCCGGCUCUCCUGCCGGCUGCGCCUCUCCGCUCGACCUCCUCAUUGACAUGGAGCCCUGCAUCGCCAACCUCCCCCUGUCCCCCGACCCCUUGAACUCCUUCCCCCGACACAGGCCCGGUGUCUCUCACUACCCGGGCGUCCAGGGGCCUCCCUUCCCGCUCAUGGCCCGGUGUAACAGCAGCACCCUGCUCACUAACCUGGGCCUGAGGUACUGCUCCAGCAAGCAGGGCCCUCUGUCUGCGGGGCCGGGUCAGGGUUUGGAUCCUGGCUCCUGUGGCCACACAGGGAACAAUGGCAGCAGACCGUAUAGGAGUAUGGAGAAUCUGAACUGGAACAAUAUGGCUGAUUCUGGACUGUAUGGAUUCAGCGCUGCCCCCUACAGGAGCAUGGACAGUGAGUUUAUUUUACGCUACACCUCUACUAGUCACUGGUGCGGGGGAUCUCAAGAUGGAUCUCUGGUUGAGGCCCAUGGACUGGUACCAAACCCUGAGAGCCUUGCCUUUUAUCCUCGACAUGGACUGGCAAGAAAGGACCUACCCAUCUUCCCUCAGCUGCUGUUUCCAGGUGGCGUUGACGAAUGGGAUGCGAGGAAGGGCCUGAGGGAGAAGCUCCGCCUUCAGAGUGCGAGGUCUUCAGUUGAACCUCCGAAACCUCUUCCUCUGCGGCCUCAGAUGUCACCAGGUGCUGCACCCAUCGAUAGGGAGGGUGUGCAUCAAGUAAACUCACACGCUGGAUCAAGGCCGUUGUGCACAAUGCGCAUCACAAACCACGAGGACAUCAAGCAGGAGGUCCUGAGGCGCUUACAGCUCCGACGGCAGAACAGCAGCCCCAACCUGGUUCUCCAGAACGCCACACCCAGCCCAAAGGGGGUGAAGACAUCCUACACAACGGACAACAUCGCAAACAACAGGAGCAGAUCCAAUUCUGCAUCGGAGCGCUGCAGACCUCCUGUGGGGCGCCUUCACAUCCCUACCUUCGAGGAGUUUAAGAGGAUGAGGCAGACGGAGGGAAAGGAGUCCACAGCGGGACCUGUGGUGUCCAGAAAACCUGACGCUGAUUCGCAAAAAGAAUCAGGAGCAUUUGACGGUAAAAUACCGCCUUCUGAUCAGACGAUCCUUCAGUCGAGCUCUAGUGGAAGAAACGGGAAAGACUCUGAGAAGGUGGAGGGAGACAUGUGCAAAGGUGAAAGGACAGGCAGCAGUGGUGAAGCCCUGCACACCGUCACCUCCUCAGGAACACCUCCGUGUAACGUCAGCGCAGCUCCUAUCUCCACCUCUGUCACCAGCACGUACUCUCCCAUCCGCACAGUUCCCACUCCACGUGCCCCUCUGCAGACGCUGGCCAGCUCAGCAGCCCAGGAGAAACUCCCCGUAGCUGCGUUAGGAGAGGACGGGAGCACCCGGCGGAGGAGGAGCAGUUUGGAACCGGCUGGAUCAGUUCCCUUCCCGCCCUGCAGGGAAAACUGGGAACGGCCCUCCAGCUGCUGCCCGGCUCUCCUCCUUGAGGGGACAGACCUGUCCAGCUAUGGAGCCAAGAUCUAAAUGAAGGACGGACUCAUCGGCUCAGCACUGGACCUCAUCAAGAAAAGCUGCAGUGCAGAGAUCUCCGCCGAGGCCCCCGUCAGGCUGUCAGCUGACCGGGACGGAGGCUGUGACAUCACCGCCCCCUCGACUGACUGUCAGCCCUCCGCCGUUGCCAUGGCAACGUCAGCAACGGCCUGCGAAGCUGAGGCUGGCGACGAGACGCCUGCAGGAGGAGAGGAAGCAGCAGAAUGCCACACUGGUCUGGGCUGCAGGCGCUCCAGCUCGGACGCAGCCUAUGAGCUGGCUGAGACGGUGAGGGCUCAGCGCGAGUGUCGUCUCCGGCCUCACUACAGCGACCCCAUGCCAGCAGACGCCUCCAAGCGCAAACAGCUGGAGAUGAAGAUCGCUGCCGCCGCGAGACUCCAUGGCCACCGGCGAGACCGCGACAGAGACAGAGACAGUGCUCCAGCGGCUAUCCGUGGCCGCUCUGAGCCCCCUGGAGAGGAGCGCCAGGCGGGUCUGGGUGUGACUCGGUCCGGGCAGCAUCGCUGGAGCACCAUCAGCAGCCUGAGCGCCGACAGCGGAGUGGUUGGCCUCAGUGAUGAGCGGGAGGAGGAGGACAGCGAGCCUCGCCGUCACCGCAGAACAAGAGGGGCCGAUGUGGAACGGGUGGACAGUGGCAUCGGCCCAGGUCUGUCCCGCACCUGGAAGAGACCCUCUGCCUCCCUCAGGGCCUGGGAGGCGCAGAGACCCUGUCCAGACUGCGGACUGAGGGACGGGGUAUCCAAAGAGCGAGGAGAGCGCAUGUGCGAACGCUGCUCUAAACUGCGGACGGAGCGAAAGGAGGCCAUCCUGGAGUUUCUGAACACAGAAUCCAGCUACGGCGAGGACCUGCGGAUCAUCAAGGAGGAGUUUUACUGCCCCAUGCAGAGCGCCGGGCUGCUGACGGCCGAGCAGCUCACUGUGGUGUUUGGUAACGUUCAAGAGCUCAUCGACGUCAAUGACCGCUUCACUGAACACCUGCAGGACAGCAUUGACCAGGCCUUUGACCAGGGAGAUGAAGAUCUGCUGACAGUAUACAUAGGAGAGAUCUUCCUGGAGUUCGUCAACAUGCUGCCCGCCUUCCAGACCUACUGUCUGCAGCAGUCCACCUCUGUCAACAUGCUCAACACGCUGGAGAAGGAGAAAGAGCUGCUCAGGAUUUUCCUGGACGUUUCCCAGAAUGACAACACGGCUUUGCGGCGUAUGAACUUGCGCUCCUUCCUAAUGGCGCCUCUCCAGCGUGUGACCAAAUACCCGCUUCUGCUGAGUCGCAUCAUUAAGGUCACUUCUGAAUGUCAUCCCGACUACUCGCGUCUACGGGAGGCCAAGAGUCGGGUUGAAUCCCACCUGGAGCACAUCAACAUGAAGACGAAGCAGGAGGGCAACGGUGUCACCUGGUCCCUGCGCUCAUUCCGCCGCGACAGCCGUAAAAACCGGGAGGUCAUUAACAUAGAGAUGCGAGAGGUGUCGAUGAAGACGGUGGGCUGGGCGAGAGAAAACACUAGAUUUGUCAUGGAGGGACCCCUCCAGCUGUCCCAGCCAGCAGAUGGUCACUGGGUGAAGAAGGGAAGCAAGGCCUUAAAGUUCCAGAACGUCCAGAGUCUGCUGAUGGUGAGGACACAGCGGGCCGGGGAAACCCCUGUACAGGGCACUGACCCUGUGGCGAGGGGGGAUCAAGUGGACGUUGGUGGAGAAAGCAUACGAGAUGGUGUUCUGGUUCUAAUCAAAGACAAGAGCAGCGGGAAGUUCACCGUGUUGAGAGAGCCCAUACAUUUGGGAAACUGCAUAGUGUCCACGGAUCCGGACAGUGAGGACACAUUCGAGGUGCUCGACAUUCGAAAGGAGUCUUUCGUUUUCCGUGCCUCGGACAAAUCUCGCACCCAGCAGUGGUUCCAUCAAAUCAAGAGAUACGCUCGAGACUUGGGCACCUGGAGGAAAAGGCGCAAUGCUUUGCCCAACAUCAUGAUCAACACGAACCAGGCCCGCUCCUGAGACUAACCAACCCCCCUCCGCCUUUGUCACACUGUAAAUAACCUGAAUCCUUCUACUGCAAAAACGAACUGACAACGAGAAGCAUUUCCCAGUGAAACCACUGUUAUGACUCAUUAGAUUUCAGAGGACAAAAAUCAUUCCCAAAGUUUCAUAGGGGUCGUAUACUGUACAGAAGAAGUGGACAUAGCCACUGUGACAUCAACCACGAGUCUGUUAACCGCACUUUUGAAGCCAAUAAUCUGCAUUUGGGCCACUGCCAUCUUGGUUUUUUCCAGAAUUGAGAUAAUGGGGGUUGAGACACUUGGUUGUCUGGUUUCCAUGGUAUUGGCUUGACAAUCACAGGUAGCCACACCCCAAAGCAUACUGUGCUUUAUUGGUAUAUUCUUAGUUAGUUGUCAAUCUGGUUUCAUGCAAAUGUACUUCUCUUUGCAACCAACCAAAGGAGUCCCC